AAGUGGAGGAAAAGCUUUGUUUGCUUGCCAAGAUGAAGUUUAUGAACUUGGAUCGAAGCCGGAUUCUUUUCAGACUGAUGGAAAUAAUGUUAGGUAUGUCGCAACAGAUUUGGCAACAGACAUCAUUGUUAAUGUUGCAGAUUCAAAGUUUUAUCUACAUAAGUUUCCUCUUCUAUCAAAGAGUGCUCGCUUGCAGAAGUUGGUUGCAAACACUAAUGAAACAAACACUGGCGAAAUUUACAUUUCUGACAUUCCUGGUGGCCCUGCUGCCUUUGAGAUAUGUGCAAAGUUUUGUUAUGGCAUGACUGUCACCCUCAAUGCUUACAAUGUUGUUGUGUCUCGCUGUGCGGCUGAAUAUCUGGGGAUGCAUGAGUCUAUCGAGAAAGGAAAUCUCAUUUACAAGAUUGAUGUCUUCCUUAGCUCUAGCAUUUUCCGGAGCUGGAAGGAUUCCAUCAUUGUUCUUCAGACUACGAAGUCUCUUUUACCAAUAUCUGAGGAACUGAAGUUGGUUAGCCAUUGCAUUGACUCUGUUGCUACUAAGGCCUGUAUGGAUGUUUCAAAAGUUGACUGGUCCUAUACCUAUAACCGGAAGAAGAUCCAAGAGGAAAAUGGGAAUGAUCCAAAUUGGAAUGGUGUCAGAAAUCGUCCAGUUCCAAAAGACUGGUGGGUUGAAGAAUUGUGUGAGCUUGAGAUUGAUUUGUACAAGCGUGUUCUAGCGAAUAUUAAAAGCAAAGGGGUACUAUCUGGUGAAGUGAUCGGAGAGGGCUUGAAAGCUUAUUCUUACAGAAGGUUGCCAGGUUUCAGUAAAGGAAUGAUCCAGGAUGGAGAUAUGACAAAGCAUCGAUCAGCAGUGGAUGCAAUUGUCUGGCUGUUGCCUGAAGAGAAAGGCAGUGUCUCUUGUAGUUUCUUGCUCAAAAUGUUGAAAGCAGCUAUAUUUGUGGACUCUGGAGACACGGCUAAGGGAGAGCUGGUAAGGAGAAUAGGGCAGCAACUGGAAGAGGCUUCGGUAAAUGAUCUUUUGAUACGAGCAGCGGAAGGAGAACCUUCUGUUUAUGAUGUUACUGUAGUCCAAAAAAUAGUAGAAGAGUUUCUAAGGCAAGGUCAAAGUCCAGGGAUUGAAUCACUAGACGAAGGCGAUCAACUUCAGGAGGUGAGAAGGCCAGGGAUAUUGUCUGCUGCUUCCAAGCUGAUGGUGGCAAAACUCAUAGAUGGGUAUCUUGCUGAAAUUUCAAAGGAUCCCUACCUACCCUUGUUGAAGUUUGUUGAUCUUGCGGAGAUGGUGAGAGGUUUCUCUCGACCUUCUCAUGAUGGACUUUACCGAGCCAUUGACAUGUACCUUAAGGAGCACCCAGGGAUCAGCAAGAGCGAGAGGAAGAAGAUAUGCAAGCUGAUGGACUGCAAAAAGUUAUCUGUUGAUGCGUGUGUGCAUGCAGUGCAAAAUGAGAGACUUCCGCUGCGUGUAGUUGUGCAGGUACUAUUUUUUGAGCAAGUCAGGGCUGCUGCUUCAUCAGGCAGCAGCACUCCUGACCUACCUAAAGGCAUGAAGGAUUUAAACAGUGGGUCCCAUGGUAGCUCAAGAACUGCAACAACCAACACGGAGGAGGAUUGGGAUGCAGUAGCGUCAGCUGAGGAGCUUAGAGCCCUAAAGGGGGAGCUAGCUUCUUUAAGGCUGAGCAGUGGUGUGGGAUCGUGCGACAGGAAUGGUGAUGGAAAAGGCAGUGUUGACAAGGCGGCGGUAAGUAAAAUGAGAGGGUUGCUGAAGUCAAAGAAGAAGAUUUUUGCAAAGCUUUGGUCAAGCAAAGGGGUACAAGGUGAGAACAGUGGCUCUGAUUCAUCCGAGAGUCUUGGUUCAGGUAAUCCCGAAGAGGCUAAAUCUACACCUUCGAGAAAUAGGAGGCAUUCGGUUUCUUAGUAGAGCAAUUGACCCAGAAAUAGGUUGGGAAUUUUCGGGUUUCGCCUUCUCUCGUUAUGAUCUUAGCAACUAAAAAAGAAAAACUGGUUACCUGAGCAAAAUUGGAGUACAUAUAGUUUGGAAGAAGGCUUUUUGUUGUAGUACUUGCAGAAAAAUUCACAGGGUGAGAAAAUGAGAUAAUUUACCUAGAGAUUGUAACUGCAGAGGUGAUCCAAAUGGCAAGAGUUAACUCUCAUACUUAAUUGUGCUCGUCAAAAUCUUUUGUAUGUUAUAUGACUUGUCUAGCAAGAAAAGCAUUUAUCAAUAGCUUUGGAGAAUUAGAGGUGGGCUUCAUACGAUCUGUCCAAUUACAUCAUUCAAAA